AUGGUAAGGCCCAACCGAUACCCUCUUGUUAUCAAAUUCCAUCCAUCCUUUUCUACGCUCGCGCAUGCUCACAAAAGCAUGCUAUGGCUCGAUUCUUAUCUAUUUCUUCGCCCUUGUUAUGCUCGCGUCCGAUGCUUACUUUAUAGGGAAGAAAACACGACACCCAAGGUUGAGAAGCAAGAGAAAAAGAAAAAGCUCACCGGUCGUGCCAAAAAGAGAAUGCUCUACAACAGACGCUUUGUAGCUCAGGUUGCAACUGUCGGGGGACGUGUCAGAGUAAGAUUUCGGCAAUUGACCCAUUUUAUUUUAGAUGAACCCAAACACACCCUCCAAAUGAAUCCAUCAUCUGUCAAAGCUAGGUUCUUGGGAAGGGUGCCAUCGUACAGGGCAAUAGAUCAAAUCCAGAACGAAGUUUUGCGAUCAGUUCUCGCACGUAGGCAUCGAGUCGGCGAGCUUCUUUUGUUUGAGCUCACCCAUCCAACUAUAACUGUAGGGCGGAGGGAGCAUUAUGCAGCCAUAUUGCCCGAAAACCGCCCCGCAUAUACCAAUCUAAAAGCGACCGUGGAACAUGCGGGAGCAGAGUUCAUAGAGGCAAGUGGUCAAAUGACGUUCCAUGGGCCUGGACAGCUAGUAGCCUAUCCAAUAUUAGAUCUGAACAUGCUUAACAUCAACUCACUUCACAAAUAUGUGUCAAUGCUCCAUCGGGUCAUCUGUAGUGUGUGUCUUUCUUUCGGAAUAGAUUCGACCCUCCCCUUUGAGGGGUCGAGUGUCCCCUCGCAAAGAGUUGGUGUGUGGGUCAAUGGAAAUCAAAAGAUCUCCUCGAUCGGAUUUUCGACCACGCGAUGGGUGACUUCCCAUGGAUUUUCCAUAAAUGUGUCCACCGAUCUAUCCUGGUAUACGCGGUUCCCACCUUGUGGCAGCCCACUUUCUGAAAAAGGAAUCACAUGGGACGCUACCUCUAUCAAAGAACAGCUUCCUACAGGCUCCAGAUGCCCCACCCUUGAAGAGGUAGCUAAUACAACGAUUUUGGCGUUCGAAAAGGAAUUUGUAUGCAGGCCCAAAUAA